AUGACCCUCCUGCGCGUCUCUCGCGCCUUCACCGUCGACGUGAGCCCCCCCGGGCGCGUCCGCGAGUACGUGGCGCUGCCGGCGAAGGAGUACGCGCUGCUCGAUCCGUCCGCGGUGACGCGAUCGGACGCGAGCGAGCGCACGUUCACGGUAUCCGCGGGAAGACAAAAGUUUGCAUUCCUGGACGUCGAACCCGUGGGCACGAUCGAAGUCUCGGCGACCGAGGACGGGUGCGUGCAGUCGCUGGUCGAUGCGCGAAUGGUGAACUUUGGGAGCGAGCGCUCGGGGGCGGUCGUGGAGGCGGUGAACGCGAGUUUGAGGGAUUUACGGCUGCGGAACGCCGUCACGGCGACCUCCGGGAGCGACGGCGAGGGCGACGCGAUCAAGUGCCGGAUCGACGUGCGGGGUGAGUUCACCGAGGGCGUGUUCGCGAGAGCGGGAGGGUCGAUGAACGCGAUCGUGGGGUUCAGUCUGCGGGCGGUGAUGCCGUGGUUUUUAACGCGACUGGCGGAGGAUUACGCGAAGUGGGCUCGAGACGAACCGCGGACUUCGGCGAUGGAGAAGGCGAAUCUCGCCACCGUGGCGGCGAAGAUCCUCGCGGGAUCGCGAGGGAAGCUCCCGGAGGGCGUCUCGCACGACCCAGUCGUGGCGUCGCACGUCGACGUGUCCUCGAACGCGCUCUCGGUGUCGUACUCUAAUCCAUUCAGCACGAACCACGUGUCGGCAUCGUACUCAUCGCCCACUAUGAGUCUGCCCUCCGUCGUGAGCGUCAACACGCGCUCUUGUCCCUUCAUCGUCACCUUCCACGUCUCGUCCCGAAUCGGUCUCACGCGCUCGGGAACCGGCUCCCUCAGCGCGUCCAUCCCCGGCGUCGUCAACAUCUUCGCCGAGAACCACCCCCUGAAUCGCGCUCGACCGUCUUCUCCGACGUCGUACGCCGGCGUCUCGAACGACCGCCGCGUCCGAAACGCAUCCUCAUCCAGCUCCAGGAGCGUCCACCGCGAGUUCCCGUCUCCACCGCCCGUCUCCAUCGCCUCCGCGCGCGCCGACGUCACGACGGACAUCACCGCGCACGCCAUCACCGCGCACGACGCGAAGACACGCCGCCGGCGUCCGCGGUCGCCGCGCGUCGUCGCCAUCAUCGCCCAUCCGUCAUCGUUCCUUCGCGUCACACCGCGUCCCAUCGCCGCGUCCCGAUGUCGCGCGACCGCGAGCGGUGCCGACGUCCCCGGGCGCGCGUCCGCGAUCGACGCGCGCGCGAGGCGGUGCCGGGCGAGGACGACGACGACGACGACGCGGGCGCGAUGCCUAUAA